GGCCGCGGAGCUCAUAAAAGCGGCGCUGGCCGCGGUUGGACACCGACUCCGACGACCAUGGCGCGUCCCAGCCUCCUGCUGCCGAUGGCCCUGGCCUUGCUCGCAUUCUGCCUCCUGGCGCUGCCCCGCGACGCCCGGGCCCGGCCAGGGGACCGCAAAGUCGGAGAACUGCAGGAGUUGUCACCCAGCGACCCGCAGGUGCAGAAGGCGGCGCAGGCGGCCGUGGCCAACUACAACAUGGGCAGCAACAGCGACUACUACUACCGCGACAUCACCAUCCUCCGGGCCCACAGCCAGCUGGUGGCGGGCAUCAAGUACUACCUGACCGUGGACAUGGGGAGCACGGCCUGCCGGAAGAGUGCCGUGGCUGGAGACCACGUAGACCUCACCACCUGCCCCCUGGCCGCAGAAGCAGAACAGGAGAAGCUGCGCUGUGACUUUGAGAUCCUUGUGGUUCCCUGGAAGAACUCCUCCCAGCUUCUAAAGCACGACUGUGUGUCCCUGUAGAGACCCCUGUGGGCUCGGGGGAGGGAGGCAGCCAACGAGGCUGGGCAGGACUGGGCGCAUGGGUGGAGGGCAUGUCAGUUCCUUGGACCAUAUCUACGGCAAUAAAUUGCUAGCACUGCUUCUGGCA